AUGGAUCGAAGUUGGAUGCAAGCAUCACGCAUCAGUGAUGAGUAUGAGAAUGGAGUUGAACAAUUCCUCCAAUUUACUGAAUUGAAUGCACCAUGUCUGCGGGGUAAAUAUUUUUGUCCAUGUGUGAAAUGUGGGAAUGGGAGACACCACGUAAUAGCUGAGAUAAGAACACAUCUUAUAUGUCACGGGAUCACUCCAACUUACACAAGGUGGAUAUGGCAUGGUGAAUUGCUAGAGAACCCAUCAAGCUCUCAGACUAACCCAGUUGAUGUGGACAUGGGAAACCGUAUAGAAGACAUGAUUCGCGAUUUGGGACAAGACGGAUUUCAACAAGCACGUGCUCCUUUGUAUGACAAAAUAGAAAAUGAUUCGAAGAUGCCUUUGUAUCCAGGGUGCACAGCUUUCACAAGGUUGUCAGCGGUAUUAGCUCUGGUAAACUUGAAGGCACGAUUUGGCUGGAGUGAUAAAAGCUUCACCGAAUUGCUGGUCCUGCUAAAAAAAUUGCUUCCUGAACAAAACACGUUGCCAAAGAGUCAAUAUGAGGCAAAGAAGAUUUUAUGUCCAGUGGGAAUGUCGUACCAGAAAAUUCACGCAUGUCCAAAUGAUUGCAUUUUGUACAGAAAUGAGUUUGCAAAUAUGCGUAAUUGCCCUACUUGUGGUGUAUCACGCUACAAAGCCAACACUGACGACUUCGUUGAUGAUAUUUCCCCUAAUAACACUCGUCCAACAAAGGUUUGCGGGAGGAAAAGUGAUGGAUUGCUCCGACAUCCGGCUGAUAGUCCGCAAUGGAAACAGUUUGAUUCCUUGUAUCCUGAUUUUGGGAAUGAGCCUAGAAAUCUAAGGGUUGCUCUUGCUUCGGAUGGAAUGAAUCCGUUUGGUAACUUAAGUACCAAUCACAGUUCAUGGCCUGUUUUGCUCAUGAUUUACAACCUCCCUCCUUGGUUGUGCAUGAAGCGAAAAUACAUAAUGCUUAGCAUGAUGAUAGCGGGUCCAAGACAGCCAGGGAAUGAUAUUGACGUGUAUCUUGCUCCAUUGAUCGAAGACCUGAGGAUAUUAUGGGAAGAUGGGGUUGAUGUCUGGGAUGGUUAUUUGCAGGAGACUUUUACGUUGCGUGCAAUGGUAUUUUGCACCAUAAAUGACUAUCCAGCAUAUGGCAACUUAAGUGGAUACAGUGUCAAAGGCCAUUACGCAUGUCCUGUAUGUGAGAAAGGUACUGCCUUCGUCCAACUACAACAUGGAAAGAAGACUGUAUACACAAGGCAUCGAAGAUUUCUAAAACAGUAUCAUCCAUAUCGACGUUUGAAAAAAGCUUUAAAUGGAUCUCAAGAACACGAAACUGCGCCGCAACCAUUACAGGGCAAAGAAGUUUAUGAUCGCGUGAAGGACAUCAUAAAUAUCUUUGGCAAGACACAAAAAAAACCUCCAACUGACAAAAACAUAUGGAAGAAAAGAUCCAUUUUCUUUGAUCUUCCAUACUGGUCUGAUCUUCAUGUUAGACACUGUAUAGACGUGAUGCACGUUGUGAAAAAUAUUUGUGACAGUUUAAUUGGCACCCUUCUUAACAUUAAAGGAAAAACAAAGGAUGGUUUGAAGUGUCGUCAGGACUUGGUUGAAAUGGGUAUAAGAGAACAGUUGCACCCAAUAUCACAAGGUUCGCGAACAUAUCUACCCCCAGCAUGUCACACGAUGUCAACAAACGAGAAGAGGAGUUUUUGUCAUUGUUUGCGUAUGCUUAAAGUUCCACAAGGAUACUCUUCAAAUAUAAAGAGCCUUGUUUCGGUGAAUUAUUUGAAAUUGGUUGAGUUGAAAUCUCAUGAUUGUCAUGUACUAAUGCAACAUCUAUUACCUGUAGCCAUUCGGGGAAUCUUGCCUGUGAAAGUUCGGGUUGCCAUAACACGGUUGUGUUUUGUUUUUAAUGUUAUUUGUAGCAAAGUAAUUGACCCAGCAGCAUUGGAUGAGUUGGAGGAGGAGGCUGCCAUUGUCCUUUGUCAAAUGGAGAUGUAUUUUCCUCCAUCAUUUUUUGACAUAAUGGUGCAUUUAAUUGUUCAUCUAGUGGGGGAGAUCAGAAUGUGUGGGCCUGUUUUCCUACGUUGGAUGUAUCCAAUUGAACGCUACAUGAAAGUGUUAAAGGGGUACACGAAGAAUCUACACCGACCCGAAGCUUCGAUUGUCGAAAGGUAUGUUGCUGAAGAGUGUAUUGAGUUUUGCUCCCAGUACAUUGAAUGUGCUCAACCCGUCGGGGUUCCCGAAAGUCGCCAUGGUCGGACACCGGGGGGUAAGGGUACACGAGGAUUCAACGUUAUCACAAUGACUCGACAUGAAGUCUCACAAGCGCAUCUAUGUGUAUUAAACAAUACAGCAGAGGUGAUUCCAUACAUUGAUGCUCACAAAAAAAAAAAACUCACUGAAAUGAACCCAAAAAUGAACAUGAGGAGGAUUUUGCAACAGCAUAAUAAAGCUUUCAUUAACUGGUUCAGGGAAACUAUAUUUGCUGACGAUGGUGCCUCGGUGACUUUAAGAUUGUUAGUUGUUGGGCCAAAUCUAAAUGUACCUACUUGGAAAGGGUAUGAUAUAAACAAUUAUUCAUUCUACACGAAGUCAGCAGAUGACAAAAGCACAAUGCAAAAUAGUGGCGUGACUGUGGAUGCCGACUCCGAUCACUUUUGUAGUGCAUCAGACAACAAUCCAAUUCGAGCAUCGAUGCCUUACUUUGGAGUUAUUCAUGAAAUAUGGGAGCUUGACUAUACUGAAUUUAGAGUUGUUGUGUUUAAGUGUAAGUGGGUCAAUGCCAAUACUGGUGUCCGUAAAGACGACUUUGGAUUUACCUUAGUAGACCUAAAUAAGGUGGGUUAUAUCGACGAACCUUUCAUUAUGGCACAACAAGCAAGACAGGUGUUUUACGUCCAGGAUCCUUGCGAUUCAAGAUAUUCAGUGGUUCUUCAAGGCAGACCAAGUGGUUUAAAUGACACACAUGAUGGUUCCACACUUGACAUUUGUGAAACUACACCUUUUUCCACUAAAAUUCCUUCUACCAAUGACUCAUUACACGUUGAUGAGGUGCAAGCAAAUCGCAAUGAUCAUGAUGAAGGACUAUGGGAAAUGAAUGUCAGUUAA